AGGAAGCCCUCACCGYGAAUUCACAUCCUCGCUCCGCGGCCUUUUGAAAACAGUUUUGGAAAUCCCUUGUCUCCAUAUUGCUGGCAUCAACUUCUUGCUCAGUGGCAGGGCUCACUCAAUGGAGACCAGGAGGACUAACGCUUGGUGCUGAUUUGUGUCUGGAUCACGGCAUCAGGCAAUCUGUGCCUUGUUUGUGCAAAGAGCCAGUGACACUCUGUCACUGCACUUCCUACAAACUUCUGAAGAUAAGAAGGUGGAGGAGUAUACAAUUUGCUUUGAACUUUACAGUACAUAUUUGCUCUAGUUUUGAAGCCCAGAGCUGCUGGAGGUGUGAGGGACAAGUCUUGAAAGUGGCCUUAUUCCAACUCCAGAAAUUCCCCAGCUGAACUUUGAGUCUUCUGUGUACACAGUCCUAGCACAUCAGGGAACAUGCCAACUCAAUCCCUACUAGUGUACAUGGAUGGACCAGAAGUCAUCAGCAGUGCUCUUGGCACCCAGGGGGAGGUGGGUGAUGCCUUGUCAAUUAAAGGGACCACCGCUGUACCUUUCAGAGCUUCACAAGAAAAAAAUAUCAUCCAGAUAGAAGGAUUUAUGCCCUUGGAUUGCAUGUUUUGCAGUCAGACCUUCACACACGCAGAAGACCUUAACAAACACGUCUUAAUGCAGCACCGGCCUACCCUCUGUGAGCCAGCAGUUUUGCGUGUGGAAGCUGAGUAUCUCAGUCCUUUGGAUAAAAGUCAGGUGCGAACAGAACCACCAAAGGACACGAGCUGCAAAGAAAAUGAAGAAUUCAGCUGUGAAGUAUGUGGACAGACAUUUAGAGUUGCUUUUGAUGUUGAGAUCCACAUGAAGAAACACAAGGACUCUUUCACUUACGGGUGCAACAUGUGUGGGAGAAGAUUCAAGGAGCCGUGGUUCCUUAAAAAUCACAUGCGGACGCACAAUGGCAAGUCGGGUGCCAGGAACAAACUGCAGCAAGGCCUGGAGAGUCCUGUCACCAUCAAUGAAGUUGUCCAGGUACACGUGGCCGGGAGCAUCUCAUCUCCUUACAAGAUCUGUAUGGUUUGUGGCUUCCUAUUUCCAAAUAAAGAAAAUCUAAUUGAGCACAGUAAGGUACACACCAAAGAUACUGCUUCCGGUACCAGCAGUACACAGACCGACUCUCAGCAAGAGGGAAUGCAGGAGGGAAUGACGUCUCCGCGGGAGGAGUUUCUGCAGUUCUUGAACUUAAUGCCCAGAUCUCACCCUGAGUCUGGGAGCAGGCCCAUGAGGUGCAUACCUCAGCUGGAUCCCUUCACCACCUACCAGGCGUGGCAGCUGGCCACCAAAGGGAAGGUUGCCAUCGCCCAGGAAGAAGUGAAGGAGUCCGGGCAGGAGGGAAGCACCGACAAUGACGACUCGUGUUCUGAAAAAGAAGAACUUGGAGAAAUUUGGAGUGGGAGUAAAUCGGAAGGUUCUGGAAAGUCUAAAACAAGUAAGAACAGUUGCACAGGGCUCUCACAAGACAAAGAGAAGCCCAGACACACCAAUGGUGAGGUGCCCUCCGCGGACACGGACCCAAAGGUGUGUGGCAACAAAGAGAAGCCCACACACUGCUCUGAGUGUGGCCGGGCCUUCAGGACCUACCACCAGCUGGUCCUGCACUCGCGCGUGCACAAGCGGGACAGGAGGGCGGACGCUGAGUCGCCCACCAUUGCCGUGGAUGGAAGGCAGCCUGGGACGUGCUCCCCAGACCUCACCACUGCUCUGGAUGAUGGUGGGGCCGUGGACCGAGAAGGUGGCUCUGAAGAUGGGUCUGAGGACGGGCUCCCUGAAGGGCUGCAUUUGGAUAAAAAUGAUGAUGGAGGAAAAGUAAAGCAUCUUGCAUCCUCGAGAGAGUGUAGUUAUUGUGGAAAGUUUUUCCGUUCAAAUUAUUACCUCAAUAUUCAUCUCAGAACGCAUACAGGUGAAAAACCAUACAAAUGUGAAUUCUGUGACUAUGCUGCAGCCCAGAAGACAUCUCUGAGGUAUCACUUGGAGAGACACCACAAGGAUAAGCAGGUGGAGGUUGCCGUGGAAGCCAAGAGUGAGGGUAAAAGUCAGGAGACCCAAGAUAUACAAUUAGCCGCUGACGGUUCACAGACCAAAAAUUUGAAGAGAUUGUUUGAUGGUGCCAAAGAUGCUAAAGGUAGCCCACCUGCAAAGCAACUUAAGGAGACGCCUGUCUUUCAGAACGUUCUGGGCAGCAUUGUCCUCUCACCAGCACAAAAAGAUACUCAGGAUUUCAAUAAAAAUGCAGCUGAUGACGGCGCUGAUCGAGUGAGCAGAAAUCCUGCCCCUGCUCACAUGGACUUGUUAAAAAAGAGACCAGCGCUUGAACCUCAGGCAGAUCACCUCGUCUGUAAGUCGGAGGUGGCCAUGGCGCCCCCCACGGAAGGCUUCGCAGCCCCGGCGGUGGCGGUGGGCCACAGGGACAAGAAGGCGGAGAGCACAGCGGAGGGCAAGUACCAGACAAGUGUGGACUGUCAGGAGAAACCUUUAAAUUUGUCCCUUGGGGCUCUUCACAGUUGCCCGGCAAUUUCUCUGAGUAAGAGUCUGAUCCCCAGCAUCACCUGCCCGUUUUGUACCUUCAAGACGUUUUACCCGGAGGUGCUGAUGAUGCACCAGCGGCUGGAGCACAAGUACAACCCCGACAUCCACAAGAACUGCAGGAGCAGGUCCCUGCUGCGGAGCCGGCGCACCGGCUGCCCGCCCGCGCUGCUAGGGAAGGACGUGCCGCCGCUGGCCAGUCUGCACAAGCCCAAGCCGCGGCCGGCCGUGCAGGCGCAAGCGCAGCCCAAGGCGCUGCCCCCCGAGAAGGCCCGCAAGGCCCCGACGACCGCCGGGCUGGACCCCGGCGCCCCAGCGCCAAGCAACCUCAAGUCUCAGAGGCCGCAGCAGGGCGGUGGGGGCCAGGGCCAGGGCGCCGCUCGACCGCCGCAGCCCGAGAUGUUCUCCAAGCCCAGCGUUUCCCCGGCUSCGGAGAAGAUGAGGAGACCCGAGAGCAAGUCGAAACCCCUCGCAGCGGCCGCCCCUCCGCAGCCCGCCCUCGGCAGCAGCAACGGCCUGGCCGCGGUCGACCACCCCCCGAAGACGGAAGGCCCGUGGGCUCCGCAGGGCAGGGACUACUUCUGCAGCCGCAGCGCCAGCAGCUCGGUGGCGGACUUCGGGGAGCCCCUCCCCAAGAGACUCAAGUCCAGUGCGGCGGCCGCGUUGGACGCGGAGCAGCCGGCGUCCAAUUGCAGAAGGGGUUAUGACGUGCCCAAGUACCACGUGGUCCGGAGCAUCACCUCGCUGUUGGCGCAGGAGUGCGUGUGCCCGCCGCCCGUGCUGCCGCCCAAGCCCAGGUUCCUGAGUGCCGGGGAGGCGGACGCGCCGGGGGUGCUGACCGUGCAGAAGCCCUACGGCGCCGCGGGACCGCUGUACGCCUGCGCGCCCGCCGGGCACCCGGCUGCCGGCCCCGCGCUGGAAGGAAAAAGGCCUGUGUCAUACCAACACUUAUCCAGCAGCAUGCUGCAAAAGAGGAACUAUGAGAAUUUCAUUGGGAAUGCACAUUAUCGACCAAAUGACAAAAAAACUUGAUUUCCUAUUUUUUUGGGAAGAAAGGUCUUGCUGGAAAUGUUUGUACUCUCCGUGAAAUAAAUUUUAGUUCAUCUUUGAGAAGGCGAGUGGUGAAAGCUACUGAAAUAAGCUGUGAUUGUACUGUACAUAGAACAUGUAAAGAACAUGUGAGGAACACUACAGUUUGUAAAGUUGUUCUGUUAACUUUUGUACCAAAUAGCAAUAAAAAAACUAGUUGGAACAGUUGAGCUGUACCCAAUGGGGACUGGAAAUCUCUAUUUUGUCCCUGAAUAAUAUUUUUUUUAGAAUUGACCAAAUAAGUGGAGUUUUUGCAUACUUGAGCGCUGCUGAAAAGGA